AUGGAGUACGACACAACAGUCCCACAAUCGGGCACUGCCGAUCCCAACUCCUUUGCCUACAUUUCUGCACGAGAACGAUGGCCCGUGAUCUUGACGGGUGCGAUCGACGACAUCCACAAGGCCGUUUCGGAACAGACCAGCGCGGAAAAGAUCGAGGAAGGCAAGAAGAUUACGAAUGAGAUUGCGGCGAUUAAAUAUGAACUUCAACAUAAUCGGCCUUUGACCCCUCUUCCCGACGACGGCAGCAGCGCAGAUAUCGCAGCCUACAACCAAGAACUCGAGCAGCGCGGCAACCCCAAAUGGCACAAUGUGGCAUGGCUGUACGCCGAAUGCUACCUCUACCGCCGCAUAGCGACCAUAUUUGCUCAAUCGACACAUUGGAAGCGAUAUGAUGUGUUUUCGCAACAGAAAAUGUCCACGUUUCGGGACUCGAGGCCGGCGGUGUUGGAGCUUGCGGCGCGGUAUAAUGAGCUUGUACGGCAUUUGGAGUCGAAUAAGGAGUCUGCACUGCUGGGGUCUUCUGCUUCCUCCUCGGAGGAAGAGCGAUUUCAAGCGGAGAAAAUACUCUUCGUGGAAAUGUCGGAAAUCUGCUUGUGGGGGAAUGCGACGGAUUUGAGUCUAUUGACGAAUCUGAGCUAUGAGGAUAUUCAGAAACUGCAAGGUUCCCACGCCCGCAAAGCCAACGAGGACAAAAUUAUCGUCAACGACUUCGACCAGGCAUUUGAAACGCUCUACCAAGCGCAAAAGGCCGGAGCCAAAGAGAGGCGCGUCGACAUUGUACUGGACAACGCCGGCUUCGAACUCUUCGUCGAUCUCAUCCUCACAGGAUACCUUCUCCAAUCCGGCCUCGCCACCCAAGUGAUUCUCCACCCCAAAAACAUCCCCUGGUUCGUCUCCGACGUCACCCCACAAGACUUCGCAGACUUACUCUCCGUCCUCAUGAACGCUCCCCAAUUCUACGAAACCCCGUCCGAAGCGGAUCUCGCCCGCAACAAAACUCCCCCACCUCUCUCCGCCCAAGAAACCUCUCAUCUCCAAUCCCUCUGCCAGAACUGGUCCACCCUCUACGCCCAAGGCCAAAUCAUCCUUCGCCCCAAUUCCUUCUGGACAGAAGCCGGUUCCUACUGGCGUCUUCCCCAGACGGCUCCCGCACUCUAUCAAGAUCUCCAAGAAUCCGAGCUCGUGAUUUUCAAAGGAGAUCUCAAUUAUCGCAAAUUGACUGCGGAUGCCAUGUGGGAUCCUACGACGCCGUUUAGUGAGGCCAUUGGUCCGUUGGGCCGGCUGGGGAGUGGAAUGAGAGUUUUGGCGUUGAGGACUUGUAAGGCUGAUGUGGUGGUGGGGUUGCCUGAGGGGAAAGAUGAGGAGUUGAGGAAGUUGCAGGAUGGUGGUGAGAAUGGAGAUGGUAAGAAGAGGAAGUGGGCUUGGAGUGGGAAGUGGGCUGUCGUGAGUUUUUGGGAUGGGAAGAAGGUAUGAUUUACAGACUUUCACUUUGUUGCAAUACAUCAAAAAGAUAGAAAAGACAAACAAUCAUUCGGAC